AUGAAUUCUAAUGUUAGUGUGAUAUCAGAAACAGUAAUUAAUGAAAAUGAAGAAAGCUUCAAUGAUAAGAAAAUAUUAUUAUCGUCAACGAAAGAUCUUCAUAGAAAUUUAAAAGAACGACAUAUGAUUAUGAUUGCAUUAGGUGGAACUAUUGGUACGGGAUUAUUUUUAGCUUCGGGUCAAGCAUUAGCUGGAUCGGGACCUGGUGGAUCUCUUGUUUCUUAUCUUCUUGUUUCAAUUAUGGUUUAUUUUGUUAUGACAAGUUUAGCUGAACUCUCAACUCAAUAUCCAAUAAGUGGUUCAUUUAAUACAUAUGGAAGUCGUUUUGUUGAUGAAGCAUUUGGUUUUGCAUUAGCAUAUAAUUAUUAUUUUUCAUGGGUUACGACUAUAGCUGGUGAAUUAGUUGCUGCUGGAAUAAUAGUUCAAUUUUGGUUACCACAUGUUCCAAGUGUUAUUUGGUCAUUAAUAGGAAUGAUAAUUAUGUUUGUAUUAAAUGCAUUUACUGUUAAAGGUUAUGGAGAAGCUGAAUAUUGGUUUGCUAUGAUUAAAGUUCUUACUGUUGUUAUAUUUAUAAUAGUUGGCGUAUUAGUCGAUAGUGGAGUACUUGGACACGAUAAAAUUGGAGUUAGUAAUUGGAAAAUUGAUGGAGCACCUUUUUAUAAAGGCUUUAGUGGUGUUGUUACAACUUCAAUUGUUUCUGGUUUUGCUUUUCAAGGUACCGAAGCAGUUGGUAUAGCUGCAGGUGAAAGUGAAAAUCCUCGUCGUGAUGUUCCACGUGCAAUGAAUGGAACUAUUUGGCGUAUAGUAUUGUUUUUUGUUGGAUCAAUAUUUGUAAUGGGUCUUGUUAUACCAUAUAAUGAUCCUAAUUUAGCUCAUAAUGAUGAUGUUAAAAAUGUAGCUAUAUCACCAUUUACACUUGUUUUUAUAAAAUCAGGUAUUAAACCAGCUAUUCAUAUUAUGAAUGCAGUUAUAUUAACAACAAUAUUAUCAGCUGGUAAUUCAGGCCUUUAUGUUUGUACACGUGUUUUAUAUUCUUUAGCCAACGAAGGAAAAGCUCCAAAAAUAUUUUCUCAUUUAACUCGAACAGGUAUUCCAAUAUGGUGUCUUGUAUUUACAACAAUUAUAUCAACAGUUUUAUUUGCUUUUUCAUUUAUUGGCAAUAAAAUAAUUUACCAAUGGUUAGUUAAUAUAACCGGUAUAAUGGGUUUUAUAGCUUGGUUUGGUAUAUCAGUAGCUCAUUGGAGAUUUCGUCGAGCUUUUAUUAUACAAGGAUAUUCAUUGAAUGAUCUAGUUUAUAAAGCAUUAUUUUUUCCUUUAGGACCAAUAUUAGCAGGAUCAUUAAUAUUGGUAUCCGUACUUGGACAAGGUUAUUCAGCAUUUACAACACAUCCAUUCAAUUUUAGUAAUUUUUUAUCAGCUUAUAUAACAAUACCAGUGUUUUUUAUUAUUUUUUUUGUUUAUAAAUUUGUUAAAAAAACACGCUUCAUACCUUUAAGAGAAAUUGAUCUUGUAACUGAUAAUAUUAUGUAUCGUCAAACAGAACAAACAGUUCAUAUUUAA